CCAAGCAAGUCGAUCAGAAACCAACGAAAAUGGCUCAAAAACUUACCAUCCUCUGCUGUGCUCUUUUUGGUGUGGCUGCCGCUAGUUACAUCCCUCACGGUGGAUACGAUCAUGGACACGGUGUGGGAUACAGCAUCCAGACACAUCACGAAGCUCCCAAGAAGUGGCAUGAUCACCACCAGGAACACCACCAAUGGGCAGAGGCUCCCAAAGUCCACUCAUGGGCGCCAAUCCAGGAACACCACCACCAACAGUGGGCGCCAGUUGCGUCUCAUGACAGUCACCACCAGUGGAAUCAUCACGAGGAGCCCAAACACCACCCCAAAUACGAGUUCGACUAUGGUGUAAAGGACACCAAGACCGGUGACAUCAAACAGCAGUGGGAGACCAGGGAUGGCGACAAGGUCAAGGGAGGCUACACCAUGAAGGAGGCCGAUGGACGCACCAGGAUCGUCGAGUACACCGCUGAUUCCCACAACGGAUUCCAGGCAACUGUCAAGCAUGUUGGACACGCUGACCACUACGAGCACAGCCACGGACAUGGACAUGGACAUGAGUACGGACAUGGCCAUGGACAUGCAACCAGCUACGUGGAUGUGAAGCAGGACACCAGCAGCAAGUGGGAGGACAAGAGCAGCAAGUGGUGGUAAAGGAAAUGACCAACUGACUGUAGAACUGAUUCGGACUCAAUCAUUGUAAAUAGAAACGAACAAAUUUGUAUUUUUAAGUUGUAGGACAAUAAAUCGAAGCAAAGUGCAAAGAACUGCAAUGUUGUGAUUAUAUUGUUAUCACGCAAUUAAUCGAUAAUCAGGGUUGUUUAUCAGCCUUGGUGAAAUAAUAUUAUA